GUUAAUUAUUAUUAGGCACAAUGUUUUAUUAUUAGGCACCAGUUUAUUAUUAUUAGGCACAAUGUUUUAUUAUUAGGCACAAUCUCUUAUUAUUAGGCACUAUUUUAUUAUUGUUUGGCAUUAUUUUCUAUUAUUAUUUCAUCUUUAUUAUUAGGCACUGUUUCGUAUUAUUUUCGUACCUUACUAUCUCCAAGUAGUCAGCGGUUUUACACAUGAGAACAGCAUGGCAGACAUUGCGAAUGAUCAAGGGAUAGACAUCUUGACUUUGUAGGCCCAGAAAAAGCAAAAUGUAGCUGAGUAUGUAGAAGCAAUUUAUCCUCGAAGUAUAAAACGAUGGCAACUAACACUAUUUCCGACUUAAGGCAUGAAGUUACCUCCCGAUUACAAGAGAUUGUUGCUUGUGUUGGUGUGUCUCAUGACAGUGACUUAGUGGAGGAGCUUGAAGAAAUUCAAAAGCAUGUGAAUCUCCUUGAUUCAGUGACAAGAAUACCUGAAGAGUUGUUUAAUUUGUUGAGUAGCGCACGAUCACUUUUACAGCAGAAUGAGGAAAGAGCAAGUGUUGUUCGUAGUGGUACUCCUGGUAGGCCAGCUUAUGACAUCAGGAAGGAACAACUUGAGAUGCUUCUAAGAGCUAGAUUUAGUGUCCGAUCUAUUGCAGACCUUUUGCACGUCAGUUCAAGGACCAUAGAACGACGAAUGCAAGAACAUGGCCUCUCAGUACGUGCUUUAUACACCGAAAUGCAGGAUAGUCAGUUGGAUGACAUAGUGAGGGAUAUAAAAAGAGGGAACCCAAGCUGUGGGUCAAAAAUGUUGGCUGGGUACUUUGGUGCAAGGGGUAUAUUUCUGCCUAGACGUCGGAUAAGGGAGUCACUUUCUAGGGUGGACCCUCUUGCAGUUGCUGCAAGACGCUGCAAAGCAAUAAAACGGCGCGUGUAUAAUGUGAGCAGGCCACUUGGUCUCUGGCACUUUGAUGGAAAUCACAAACUUGUGAAGUGGCGUUUUGUUGUCCAUGGCUGUGUGGAUGGCUUCAGUCGAAUCCCAGUUUUUUUAUCAUGCAGCACAAACAACAAAGCUGUUACUGUGUACUCACUUUUUAUCAAAGCGGUACAAGACUGGGGAUUGCCCUCAAGAGUCAGAUGUGAUCAGGGAUCUGAAAAUGUGGAUGUUGUCAAAUAUAUGUUGAGUACUCGAGGAACAGGGAGAGGCUCAGCUCUGGUUGGUAAAAGUGUGCACAAUCAAAGAAUUGAGCGAAUGUGGCGGGACGUGUUUGAAGAUGUUUUGGCAAAUUUCUACGAGUUGUUUUCUCUGAUGGAGGAACUGGGUAUCUUUGACCCUUUAUCUGAGUGUGAUUUAUGGUGCCUUCAUUAUGCAUUCCUUCAUCACAUAAACUAUCGUUUACAUGAAUGGUCUGCUGCCUGGCUGAGACAUCCCUUGUCUACAGCCAACAACAACACACCUCUUCAACUUUGGAUCAAAGGUUCACUGAAUUCUGCAGAAAACAAUACAGACCUGGUUGAUGUUACUGAUGAAUAUGGCAUUGAUUGGAAUGGUCCUGUUCCCCUUGAUGAGGACACU